CCGAGAGUACCACGACGUUUUCCCAUCUCGUUCUCGUACGCCGGCAUCCCACCGAUGCGUGACGUCGAGCACUCCAUUCAGCUUGUGCCUGACUAUCGUGUUCACCACCAGGCACCCUACACACUCUCGAUUCCUGAGGCCACCGAACUCAAGCGCCAGCUUGAGGAGCUCUUGAGACUGGGUUUCAUUAAACCCCGCAACUCCCCGUGGGGUGCACCCGUCCUCUUUGCUCGCAAAGCGGAUGAAACUCUCCGUCUCUGCAUCGACUAUCGCAGUCUUAACCGCUACACGGUUAAGACCAGCUACCCCAAGCCUCGUUCCGAUGAGCUGUUCGACCGCCUAGCAGGCAACCGCUUCUUUACGAAGAUUGAUCUUCGUAGCGGUUACCAUCAGAUCCGCGUCGCUGCAGCCGACCAGCCGAAGACAGCGUUCCGAUCGCGCUUCGGCCACUACGAGUUUACGAUGAUGCCAUUCGGCCUCACCAAUGCACCCGCCACCUUCCAGAGGGCGAUGAACGAUAUCUUCAAGGACAUCCUGGAGCAGUACGUUCUCGUCUACCUCGACGAUAUCCUGGUCUACAGUCGUACCCUUGAGGAGCACCUCAGACACCUCCGCGACGUCCUUGACCGCUUGCGUACACAUGGCUUCUACGCCAAGCUGAGCAAGUGCCGCUUUGCCCAGCACAAAGUGGAUUUCUUAGGACACUACGUGUCUGACCAGGGUCUCCACAUGGACGACGCGAAGAUCACUGCUAUUGCGGACGCUGAGGGGAGCGCAGCGCUGAGGGAGAAGGCCCGCAAAGGCCGACCGGCAAGCCGUGGGGGGGAAGGGAAGGGAAGGGAAGGGAAAGGUAGGGGAGGGGAGGGGACGGGAGUCCGAGGGUGGGGGAGGGCAAGAGAGAAGAGCAAGAGAGAAGAGCAGGAGAGGAUGUCGGCGGACGUCAUCGAAGAAUUUGUACCGGCGGCCUCGGCCUUAGUCAAACUGCACUUCCCUUCUUUGUGGACUUGGUUCUUUCCUAUCAGCUGUCGAGCGCUAUUUCCACCUCCAAGUCUGAAUAUAAAGGUUUCUGAGGAGCUCGGUGCAACCGUUUACUGGCCGACACUUCUCCCUUUGUGCCUGUGGGGAAUAUGGAUAGGCGCGACGCGUGGCCUGUGGCUUUUGAAGAGCCGAAGGGCCAAACCUGGUCGUUUCUCGCUGAGCAUGGCCUUCCUUUGGUAUUUUGUCAUGAAUGUGUGUGGGCUCGGCUAUCACUGCCUUAGAGUCCUUCGUCCAAUCCUCCUAGUUGGCGAUGUUGUCGCAACGGGAUGUUCCUCCGUCGGCAUCAUCGUAAGCUUUCUGUCCAUCCUUCGAUGCGUGGACGACACAAAAGUUACGACAAAGGGUGCCCUUUUCCUAGCCUUUGGUGCCACUGCUUCCACUGCGAUUCUCGGUCCUGUCUCUGGCUACCCGAUCCUUCGCGAUCUCGUCUACAUUGUCCCUCUUCUGCUGGCCGCGCUUCUCGCUGGGGUGAUCCUCGUCCAACUCAAGGGGGGAGUAAAUGUUACGCAGGCGAAGGCAUGGCUACAGCUGGGAACUGUUAGUUCCUUAUGGUCUCUAUGCUCCUUGCUUUUGGAUCGGUACCUGUGCACCCUUUUCGGGGCACAUGGACUGUUCAUUGUAUGGAUCUAUCUAGGAAGCCAUUUAGGGCUCUUAUUUGUCCAUAUGUUCGCCCUCACUCUCUACUUGCCGCUCCCGGGGGCAUACAUAAAAGUAGACUAAAGAUACCCGGGGAAGGGGACCCGGGGAGUGGCCACGGCGCCGAGAAGGGAAAGGUGGGCUACACGUAAACCACCAGUACGCCAGGGGGUCUUAGGCCGGCUCUGAUGCAAAUGCGUAUGAUGGACCCCCGCGGCGCACAAAUUCAUCCUCUGCGUUAACGCCGAAAAACGCGGUAGGUACUGUUGGUUUAAAUCCUCUUAGUUGUGAAACACACACCUUCCUUUCCUUCCUUCUUCCUCUCUCUAUUCCUUUUUUCAAUUUUUUGAAUUUUUUUCUCUCUUUUCUCGGUUCUUUGACCAUGACAAGCUGAUAUCGCAAAAAAAAAAAAAAAAAAAAAAAAAAAAGACAAGCUGAUAUCGCGGGCUUGAGAAGGAUGGGAUGCAAAAUAGGUGGUCCUCUUGUUGUUGUUGUUGUUGUUGUUGUUGUUGUUGUUGUUGUUGUUGUUGUUGUUGUUGUUUUUUAAUAAAGCCCAGGUUGUUGUAGAGGUGGGAUACUAGACGGAUGGCAGUCACCCACAGUGCUCGGCCACUUGGUUGUCCAGAUGAACCCCUCUGAAGACCCCACCCACCCUUCCGCUUAUCGUUUUGCCCUGGCGCACCCCCACCCCCCCUGUCCUACCCUAGUGUUAACCACCCAGGAUGUCCUCUUGUCUUUUCAUAUCCUUUAUCCUUUCUUCAGUUGUUCUUGUUAAGGAAAAUGACACUUUGAAAAAUGUUCCUUAGCUUUCAAAUUGCUGCUUCCCAUCCAGACAAUAGCUGUCCAUGGCCUGGUACACGUUCGACUUUGUAAAUGUGUUUUAGGGUUUAGGAUAAAUUCUACGCAGCCUCCUCCUCAUUCUCUCAUCGCUCCGAUGUUUCACACCCCUUUAACAAAGUUAGGGACCUGCCAGUGGUGUCCAUGAAAACCAAACCAACUCCGAUCUUUGGCUGUCGUACUCGAAUCCCUGUGCUGUGGAGUUUACUAAGGUUGAUUAACUUACCCGAGU